AUGCUGUGCGUGUUGAACACUAUCCACGAGCAUCGAAUGCUGAAUGGUGACAUUGCCAAGGAUGACUUCAAGAUCAUCUACAUCGCCCCAAUGAAGGCUCUAGCCACGGAGAUGACAACAAGUUUCGGCAAAAGGCUGGCUCCGUUAGGUUUACAAGUGCGGGAAUUGACUGGAGAUACGACUCUUUCCAAGAAGGAAAUUUCCGAGACA